UUGAUACUGACCGCUUAGUGGUAACGCAUUGAGUGAUUUUAAUAUUGUUUUUUUUUUUUUUAAUUCAGUGGCAUUAUUGCGUAUAGUUGUCUCACAGAUUCUUUCAAGUGUGUUUAAGGUUUUAUUUCAUUGUUAAUUUUAAUUUGAGUUUAUUGUAAAUAUUGCAUAGAUAUUGUCGUUCAGGUUUUUCGUUGGCUUGUUUUGGAAUAAAUUUGGAUGAAAGUUGCCGUAUUAGAGAAAAGACGAUCUCGGAAGUUAUUUAACUAAAAAAAAAGAUUAAAGUACCACGAUGGACGACACAAUCAGAGAACCGGAAGAUCACUUCAUAAGAUUCGUACCAGAAGUAGUAGAAGAGAUAAGAAGAGAACAUAACUUUGAUAAGAAAGAGGAUAGAGACGAAGCUAUCGCUAUUAUAGAAAAAUGGUUGAAAUCACAGGAUCAUUUAGUGAAAAAAGAUUUUGAUAGAGCCUACCUAGAGAGGUGUAUAAUAACAAGCAAGAGUUCUCUAGAAAGGACAAAAAAACAGAUUGACAAAUUGGCCACGUUCAAAACGUUAGCUCCAAAGUACUUCCAAGUUACAAACAUACUUGAUAGUGAAGUUACUCCUAUUUUACAUGCUGGUGACUUAGUAGCAGAAUAUUUGAAGUGCAACGAUUACUGCCGCGGCUACAAACUUAUAGUUGACCUACUGGACGUUAAUCCAUCUGAAUUAAUCUCCAAACUUAAUUUAGUGGAAUUGCAACAGUUUCUACCCAUACUUACUGAAGGCUAUGGCACGAAAAUAAAAGGGAUUAUAUACCUAACCAGUUCUAAAUUCAUUGAUGGCUUCAUUAAGAUGGUUAAACCAUUCUUCUCUGAGAAGAUAGCUAAUAGGUUGCACGUGGCUCCGACUUUGGAAGCGUUGAGGGAGUUACUGCCAGAAGAAAUACUUCCAGAAGAAUAUGGCGGGAAGGCACCUUCUUUACCGAUUUUACAUGAAAAACUCAUCAAGCAAUUAAGUUCAGACCGUCACCAAGCAAUAAUGAAGGAGAUGAACAUAGCUCGCACUGAUGAAACCAAAAGACAACGAGACAAAUUCAAUGAUCAGUACAUGGGCACGGCUGGGACUUUUAGAACCUUAAGUUUGGAUUAAAUGGGAUAUUAUAGGGAAUUUGAUUUUCAUUUAUUUCGAAUUAUUAUGAUUAUAUUAUGAAAUAGGGGACAACAAUAAA